CGCGGCCAACGCAAACCCACUCGAACCUGACCACAGAAUCCAACUCCAAGGUUCUCCCAAAUACACCGAGGCCAGCGAGAGAGGAGGAGGGCAGCCGCCGUGAGUGACUUCUGCUUCACAGCGUCCGCACAUAAGCCGCCAUGGCCUGCACCACUCAGUCCAUCAUAUCCGCCAACAGCUGCGUCAUCCCCUCUCCCAGGACCUUCAGGAAGCCACGGUGGGUGAGACCGCACACGAAGCUCUUCGCCGUGAACGAAUCCUCUGGCUCCGACGACUCCGACUGCAACGCCGAGGAGUGUGCUCCGGAUAAGGAGGUCGGGAAGGUCAGCAUGGAAUGGUUAGCCGGUGAGAAAACAAAAGUGGUCGGGACAUUCCCACCUCGCAAUCGAGGUUGGACUGGUUAUGUCGAGAAAGAUACUGCUGGACAAACAAACAUAUACUCAGUUGAGCCUGCAGUUUACGUUGCAGAUAGUGCAAUAAGUUCCGGGACUGCAGGAACAUCAACUGAAGGAUCAGAGAACACUCUUGCUAUAAAUUCUGGUUUAGCCCUUAUUUCGAUUGCUGCAGCCUCAUUGAUACUCCUCCAAGUCAGCAAAAGUCAGCCACAAGUACAGGCAACAGAGUAUUCUGGACCACCCCUCAGUUACUACAUCGACAAGUUCAAACCAGUGCAGAUCGUUGAAGCUUCAGCACCGGCCGCACCUCAAACUUCUGCACCCGUCGAAGCUUCUGUUCCUCCUGAAUCUUCGAGCUCUUCCACCGUUGAAGCUUUGGUCCCAACUUCCGAGUCACCAUUGUCGACAAUUAUGCAAGAUGGUAGCAAGCCAGAGGCAGUUCCUGAAGUUCAAGUUGAGAUGAGUGGGCAGGUUGCUCAAAGUGCAAGUGCAAGCAGUGUUUCCUAAGCAAUCUUCCACUUUAGUCACUGAGUAAUUUCUGUUUCACCAAUUGUUUUUGCUGUAUCAUGCAGCUGCAUCUGCUAAUGAAUAUGAGAAUGCUUGUUUUGGCAUCCAAAUCAUAUGUACCAGCUCUUAAUGUGCGUGUCAUAUAUAGAAGAUGCUAACUUUGGUUGGCAUUAUGUUAAGAUA